CGGCUGAGGCGCGGCGUCGCGGCGCCGGGAGCGGCAGCGGCCUCGCCGAAUCCGGGAGCCCCGGGGAGCGCGGAGUGGGGGAGGCCGGAACGCCGGCCCGCCGCGCUGCGCGCCAGGCUGAUUUAGAGGAGUGAGCGGGCGGUUCCAGACUCGAUGAGUUUCCAUCGACAUGUCGGAAAAGUCAGGCCAGAGUACAAAAGCAAAGGAUGGAAAAACCAAGUAUGCAACGCUCAGUCUCUUUAAUACUUACAAAGGAAAGUCACUGGAAACUCAGAAAACCACAGUUGCCACACGCCAUGGAUUACAAAGUCUUGGAAAAGUCGCUAUUUCGAGGAGGAUGCCUCCCCCAGCUAACCUUCCUAGUCUCAAAGCAGAAAACAAAGGCAAUGAUCCCAAUGUGAACAUUGUGCCUAAGGACGGCACAGGAUGGGCUUCAAAACAAGAACAGCACGAAGAAGAGAAACAGCCAGAGGUGCCACAGACACAGCCAAAACCUGCUGUUCCUGCUCCUCCAGAAGCAGCUCCUGUUGCCAAAUCGUGGGCCAACACCAAGCCAGGUGGACAAGAUGGUCCAGCUCUUCCAGUAAAUAGUUAUUUCCAGCAAGAGUUUCCCAGUCUGCCGGCAGCUGGGGAUCAAGAAAAGUCAGGCAAAGAGAAAGAUGCAUCUGAAGAGGGCCAUGGACCCAGCUUGAGGCCACAAAAUCAAGAAGCUAAGGCUCUUGGGCAGGAAGAUGGCAAUUCUACUCAAACAGAACAAAGUGAUGGCCAGAAGGCAGCAGAGAAGAGGGAUGCACGGUUACCACAGAUCCCACAGCCCAAGAUGAAUGGCCAGCAACAGCCAACCAUCUCGUCUCAGUACAGGGCAAUGAUGCCGCCUUAUAUGUUUAAUCAGUAUCCUAGAAUGGCAUAUCCUCCUUCCAUACAAGGCCCAACAAGGUUUCCAAAUUCUGAGCCUAGUAGAGGGCCAAGGGGAAGAGGACCGCCUUCGUGGUGUUCAGAGCCUAUUGAGCGUCCAUCCAUUCUUAGUGCUAGUGAACUUAAAGAACUUGAUAAAUUUGAUAAUCUAGAUGCUGAGGCUGAUGAAGGCUGGGCAGGUGCUCAGAGUGAAGUGGAUUACACUGAGCAGUUGAAUUUCAGUGAUGACGAUGAGCAAGGAAGUAGUCAAAAAGAGAAGGAAAGUGGUGACGAACAAACGCCAUCAAAAGAUUCUCAGAGCUCUGAUGCCCAGAAAGAAGCAGAAGAACAGGCAAAUGCUAAGUCUGCCACCCAGGCUUCUGCAGCAGCAACCAAAGGAUCUUAUGGCAAAAGUUCUCAGCUUGAUCAGGAUCGGGGUCCAGCACAGCCCUCUGUACAUGAAAGAGGUGGUCCUCCUCUUCAUCCCAAAUCUAUCCUGCCACCGCAUCCUCCUCCUCCUGAUCGCCAACUAGGACCUGGAAGGCAGGGACCCUUUCCUCCUAAACCUGUACCAGAUGAAGAUGAAAUCUGGAAACAGAGGAGAAGACAGCAGUCAGAGAUAUCUGCUGCAGUUGAGCGAGCCCGUAAGCGCCGCGAAGAGGAAGAAAGAAGAAUGGAAGAACAAAGAAAAGCAGCUUGUGCAGAAAAGCUGAAACGGUUAAAUGAGAAAUUUGGCUGUAUGACAAAACCCUCCCGUGAAGACCCUCUGAAAGAGAGAGAGAGGGAGAGGGAAAGGGAAAGGGAGAGAGAAAGGGAAAGAGAGAGGGAGAGGGAACGGGAGAGAGAGCGGGAAAGAGAAAAGGAGAGGGAGAGGGAAAGGGAAAAAGAAAAAGAGAGGGAGCGGGAAAGGGAAAAAGAAGAAAAAGAAAAACUGGAGAAAGCAAAAGAACAAGAAAGGGAAAAAGAGAAAGAAAAUGAGAGAGAGAAGGAAGAAAAAGAGAAGGAGAAGGAGAAAGAAGAGGAGAAACCAGUACACGAAGCCCCUGAGCCUGUAGAACCUGUGGUAACGCCUGUGGUAGAAAAACAAGAAAGUGAAAGCAGGAAUAACAAGGAAGAAAAAGAAGAUCAAGCAGUCUUUACCCGACAAGACAGUGGUCGGAAUGAAAAAGAAAUUUCACAGGUGACUCAUGAGAGCGAACCAGAAUCAGGAUCUCAACCUCGUCCUGCUGUUUCCUCAGGCUAUUCUAAACAGUUCCAGAAAUCAUUACCACCAAGAUUUCAGAGGCAGCAGGAGCAAAUGAAACAGCAGCAGUGGCAGCAACAGCAGCAAGGUGUAAUUCCACAGUCUGCUCCCUCACAGCCUUCUAGUGGUCCUGUCCCUCCUCCCCAGCAUAGACCUCUUUACCAACCAAUGCAACCACAUCCACAACAUUUGGCUUCAAUGGGUUUUGAUCCACGGUGGCUUAUGAUGCAGUCUUACAUGGACCCACGAAUGAUGUCAGGAAGGCCUGCAAUGGAUAUGCCUCCUAUUCAUCCAGGAAUUAUGCCUCCCAAACCACUGAUGAGAAGAGACCAGCUGGAAGGAUCAGCAACUAGUUCAGAUUCAUUUGAACAUAUAGCUCGCUCAGCAAGAGAGCAUGCUGUUCCUUUGUCAGAGCCCCGCAUAAUGUGGGGGUCAGAUCCGUACCCCCAUGCGGAACCUCAGCAAGCUAGUUCUCCUCCCAAAGUGUUAGAAGAACCUGACAAUUUGAGAUCUGAGGCACACUUGGAGCAAGAACGAGUUGCUGUUCCCGCUGCAGCUUAUCCUGUAGAACACAACCAGCUAGACUCUCAUCCAAAGCCAGACUUUUUCAGAGAACCAGGAGAGGUUGAAGUACAAAAGUUCCCAAGCAGGCCUUUGGAAGAUGCCCAACCUCUCCAAACUGACGCAUCUAACACUAAAGUUAAUUUUGAAGGAAUUGAUGAGAAUGUUUCACGCAGCUCUGCAGAAGAACUCAUGCCUGUUGGGGAAAGUCACUCUUCAUUAAAGAGAAGCAUUUCCCAUGGCUCAAGUCAUUCUCUAAAAUCAGAAGAACAGAGGAACGAGACAACAGCAAAUAUCCCUAAAAUAAGUAGCAGGCCUGUUGAGUCAAAGGAGACAAUUGAGAGAAUUGAGAUUAAGCCAAAAAAAGAAGUUUUGAUCAAUAACAGAACAUCCGAAGGACCUAAACUUGAGAAAACAUUUAAACCUAAGUCUGAAACAAGAUGGGGUCCUAGGCCUGGUUAUGGCAGGAGAGAGGAAGGCAGUGACAGACCAAUAAGAAGAUCAGGUCCUAUUAAAAAACCUGUGCUUAGAGACAUGAAAGAGGAGCGUGAACAGAGAGAAGAGCGUGAACAGAGGAAGGAGAAGGAAGGAGAAAAGAUAGCUAGUGAAAAACCAAGCAAGUCUGAAAAAAGUGACAAAAAAGAAGCACCUCAAGUGCCAGUGCCUCAGACUGAGCCGGAGACAUCCACCUCUAGCAGUGCUCCUCUAGCUAAGAAGAUAGUCCACGAUGCUGCUCCAGCACCAGCAAGCCCGGAGAGCACUCAGACUGAGACUACAGCUAAAGUUCCAGUUCAGCCACCCACUCCUCCAGUCUCGCAGCAGCUACCAGCUGCACAGCCUGCUGUUCCACAGCUUCCCCCUGCGAUACUGCAGCAACCACCAACUCAGCCCGUAGCACAGCAGCUGCCACAAGCACAGCAGCCAGUUACCACAGUGAAGGAAGAAAAGCAGACGGAGAAGGUAGUUAACAAGGAGGUUAUAGAGAAGCCGCGCUUAGAAACCAGACCAGUAAAAAGAGAGCCUGGUUUACCACCUAGGACAUACUGGAAAGAGGCUAGGGACAGAGACUGGUUCCCCGAUCAGGGAUACAGAGGCAGAGGUCGUGGGGAGUAUUAUUCUAGAGGUCGUAGCUACAGGGGUUCUUACGGAGGACGUGGUCGGGGAAGUAGGGGCCAUAAUAGGGAGUAUCCACACUACAGAGAUACCAAGCCUAGAACAGAGCAUGUGCCUUCUGGGCCUGUUAGACAAAGGGAAGAGAGUGAAACUCGUAGUGAGAGUUCAGACUUUGAAGUGAUUCCAAAACGACGGAGACAGCAUGGUUCAGAGACUGAUUCUGACAGCGAAAUCCAUGAAAGUGCAAGUGACACUCUGCUUUCAGACAAAGACAGUCUAAUCAAAGGCAAACACCCAAAAAGAGAAGAGAGAGCUGAUGGCAAAAAACCUACAAAGCCACUGUCAUUCAAACCUGAAAACAAUAUCAGAGUGGACAAUAGAUCUCUGGAAAAAACAUAUAUAAGAGAUGAUGAGAAUAAACCUAAACCAGGGUUUCUUCCUAAAGGAGAGCCUUCUAGACGAGGCAGAGGGGGAAUGUACAGACGUGGUGGAAGGGAUCCUGGUGGGCGUCCUCCACGACCAUCCACAAUAAGGAGACCAGCUUACAGAGACAAUCAGUGGAACCCCAGGCAAGCAGAGAUCAUUAAACCAGAAGAUGGGGAGCCUCCAAGGAGAAAUGAGCAUUAUGGUCCUAUACCAGUUGAUAAAAGACCUCCAAAAUUUGAGAGGAAGUUUGAUCCAACUAGAGAGAGACCACGAAGACAAAGGCCUGCUCGGCCUCCAAGGCAAGAUAAACCACCACGCUUCAGGCGCCUAAAAGAGAGAGAGGCUGCAUCAAAGAUAAAUGAAGCAGUAACUGGCUCAUCAACUACUGUUGCAGUCACUAAUGUGGUUACAGAGCCCUCCAAUACUGCUCUGGAUGUUUCAGGAAGUAAGACACCAGACUUGUCUAAUCAGAAUUCUUCAGACCAGGCAAAUGAGGAGUGGGAAACGGCCUCAGAAAGCAGUGAUUUUAAUGAGAGGCGUGAGAGGGAUGAGAAGAAAACAGCAGAUAUAGCAGCACAGGUGGCUGCAAAAGCAGGAGAAAACACUGGAGUUCCAAAAAGGGAAAUAGCCAAGAGAAGUUUCUCUAGUCAGCGGCCUGGAAUAGACCGUCAAAACAGACGUGGUAACAGUGGGCCAGCUAAACCAGGGAGGACCUUCUCAGGGCCUAGGAGUGAGAGACGGAGUGGUCCUCCACCCAGAAGUGGAAAAAGAGGGUUCCACAGCAAAGCCAGAAUGUUUCAAGUCUCUGACUCUGAUGGCUGCAGAGAGCUUCUGGCAAGGGAGCCUGUGAAACAUUUCAUACUGCCAUUUGAAGACCAGACAGCAAGCGUGCCUGGUGUUGAUCCCAGCAACAACAACUCUUUGCAUCAGGAAGAAGGAGGUGUUAAUGCAGCAGGACAGAAGAGUACCAAGGAUGCAAGUGGCAAAAAGAGAGAAGAACCUAAAGCUGGUCCAAAAAAGCCUAAGGAAAAAGUGGAUGCUUUGUCUCAAUUUGAUCUUAAUAAUUAUGCAAGUGUUGUGAUCAUUGACGAUCACCCUGAAGUGACAGUAGUUGAAGACUCUCAGUCUAACUUGAAUGAUGAUGGCUUCACUGAAGUGGUGUCAAAGAAACAACAGAAGCGCUUGCAAGAUGAAGAGCGCAGAAAGAAGGAGGAACAAACAGUGCAGGUUUGGACCAAAAAAGGUUCAAGUGAAAAAGGUCGAGGUCAAAAUUCCAAACUCCCACCCAGGUUUGCCAAAAAGCAGCAACAGGCAGCAGCUGCAGCUGCACAGCAGGCACAAGCUCAGGCACAGACUCCAUGUGCAGCACAGACUCCAGGUCAGCCACCAGCUUCUGUUCAGCCUCAAAAUCAGGCUGCAGGAGGGGCAGCAGCCAGCACAGAAUUCACGGUGUCAGGCAAAGUCUUGCAGAAUACACAGGCUCACAAUGGUCUAGGAACUGAACUAUGGGAAAACAAGGUUCCUCCUACAGCAGUUCUGAAUGACAUCUCCAAAAAAUUGGGACCUAUUAGUCCACCUCAGCCGCCUUCAGUGAGUGCUUGGAACAAACCUUUGACAUCUUUUGGAUCAGCUACAUCUCCAGAGGGAGCAAAGCCUGGGCAAGAAGGUGGAGUGGAACUUGGUAUAGAAACUAUUCAGUUUGGAGCCCCUGCUUCCAGUGGUAGUGAUAAUGAAGUUGGCCCUGUACUUUCUGAGAAGUCGACUGACAAGCUACCAGAACCAAAAGAGCAAAGACAGAAACAGCCUCGGGCUGGACCCAUCAAAGCACAAAAGCUUCCAGACUUGAGUCCAGUAGAAAACAAAGAGUAUAAACCCGGUCCUAUUGGGAAAGAGCGUUCUUUAAAGAACAGGAAAGUGAAGGAUGCCCAACAGGGAGAGCCUGAGGGACAGGAGAAGUCAUCUCCCACCUCUGUGAGAAGUCCAGAACCUGUCACUGCAAAGGAAACCAAAGCGACAAGUGAACUGAGUACGGAAAUAGGAACAAUGAUAUCUGUGUCUGCUCCAGAGUUUGGAACUAGCACAAAGGAGUCUGUAACAGACUACACUACACCUUCUCAUCCUAACACAGUGGCUACUAGCAGUACAAAAAUGGAGGAGACUUUGGUGACGAACGUGCCCCUGCCCCACACCCUUCCCCUCCCUAGGAGGGAGACUCUACAACAGAGCUCCAGCCUAACUCCAGUUUCUCCCGCUACCGUCGACCUCACCCUCAAGAUGGAGUCUGCACGCAAAGCAUGGGAGAAUUCCCCAAACAUGGGGGAGAAGAGUUCACCAGUGACCUCAGCAGCAUCUCCCAUAGCUGGUGGCAGCAGCAGCAACAGCAGCAGCAGCAACGCUGUGCCAAGCAGUGGUACUUACAGCUCUUUCUCUAGUGCAUCAAUGCCUCCUAUUCCUGUGGCUUCUGUUACACCAACAACUUCACUAUCAGGAGCUGGAACAUACACGACCUCUUCUCUGAGUACAAAGACUGCAAGCACCUCGGACCCUCCCAAUAUAUGUAAAGUGAAACCACAGCAGUUGCAGACAAGCAGCCUAGCUUCUGCAAGUCACUUUUCCCAGCUGAGCUGCAUGCCAUCCCUCAUUGCCCAGCAACAGCAGAGUCCCCAGGUCUAUGUGUCUCAGUCUGCAGCAGGUACUGCAGCCCAAAUUCCAGCUUUUUAUAUGGAUACAAGUCACCUGUUCAACACCCAACAUGCACGUUUGGCACCACCUUCUUUGGCCCAACAGCAAGGCUUUCAACCAGGACUUUCUCAGCCUGCUUCAGUACAGCAGAUCCCCAUCCCCAUCUAUGCACCUCUGCAAGGACAGCACCAAGCUCAGCUGAGUUUAGGAGCAGCACCAGCUGUGUCACAAGCCCAAGAGUUGUUCAACUCUUCUUUACAACCUUACAGGUCCCAGCAAGCUUUUAUGCAAAGUGGUUUGUCUCAGCCAUCACCAGUAGUUCUGUCUGGUACAGCCUUACACAACUUCCCGACAGUACAGCACCAGGAGCUUGCAAAGGCACAGUCAAGCCUGGCAUUUCAGCAGACUUCUAAUACACAACCUAUUCCAAUCUUAUAUGAACAUCAACUUGGUCAAGCUUCAGGACUGGGAGGCUCUCAGCUUCUUGAUACACACAUUCUCCAGGCUAGAGCUACACUCACCCAGGCUUCAAAUCUGUAUUCUGGGCAAGUUCAGCAACCUGGCCAGAGCAAUUUCUACAACACUGCCCAGUCUCCUAGUGCUCUCCAGCAGGUAAACUAUGGCAUGGUAACAGUACCUUUACCAGGAUCACAACUUUCUUUGCCCAACUUUGGAUCCACAGCACAGCCACUUAUUGCCCUACCCCAGUCUUUACAACCACCACUACAGCACACACCACCGCAAGCACAGGCUCAAAAUCUAAGCAGACCAGCACAAGUAACCCAGCCUUUCAGAGGAUUAAUCCCAGCAGGAACUCAGCACAGUAUGAUAGCUGCGACUGGAAAGAUAUCAGAAAUGGAACUGAAGGCAUUUGGAGGCGGUAUUGAUGUUAAACCUGGAACACCACCAGUGUCUGGCAGAAGUACAACUCCAACAUCCAGUCCCUUCAGGGCCAGUUCUACAAGUCCUAACAAUCAGUCCAAUAAAAUGAACAGCAUUGUCUACCAGAAGCAGUUCCAGUCAGCAGCUGCUGCUGUGAGAAUGACCCAGCCAUUUCCUGCACAGUUUGCACCACAGAUCCUCUCUCAGCCUAACCUGCUCCCUCCAUUGGUAAGAGCCCCAUAUACUAACACCUUCCCAGCGCCUGUUCAGAGGCUGCCAAUAGUACUGCAUAGUCAGAUGCCGUCUCAGAUGAUCACAGGCCUUAUGAGCCACCCUCGCUUACCGCAUGUGGCCAGAGGUCUUUGUGGAUCAGUGUCUGGAGCCAGAGGCAGUCAGGCCCAGGCUGCGAUGAAGGCUGAACAAGACAUGAAGGUUAGUAUUUGAGCUGCAGUGCUGCUAACACCAGUUCAGUCUUGACGGCUUGUAGGGCAGGAAUGUGUCUGCAAAUCAUGUCUUAAUUCAGAUGCCGCUGGGCCUCCAACAGCUGAACAUAGACCUUUUCUAAACCUUGUUUUGUUUUUUGUUUUCCUAUUACUAAGAACUUGAGAAUAAAAAAAAAAAAAUGAUUAGGGAGCUUCCUUUCUCAAGUGGUCCUGUGGUGAGUGGCUGUGAAACAGCUGCCACUGCCCAAGGCACUCUGACAACUGGAUUUUUGAAUGAGCGAUGAAGCCCAUGAACUCGACUGUUAGCUGUCAUUUCACAUCUCCCCCAACUCUGAGCAGUGAUAUGAACCCUUGUGUCCCAGCCAGCCUUGCUUCUAGCUUAUUCUGCUAAUUCUUUUCCUGGUGAGUAGCAGUGCCUGUGAUAAGUCUCUCUGACAGAAUGCAGUGACAUGGUACGCUCUGCAGAAGAGCAUUUUGGUAGUAAGCAAUGAGUCAUGUAUCUUGUUAAAGUGCUUUGGGACCCUUAAGGGUGAGGCAAGCUCUUCUUACAAGGCAGAGACUGCAGUCCAGGGGUUCUGCAUAGAGAUACUGUACACUUAGCUCAUCUAGCUGUAUUCUGCAGAAUAAGCUGCUUAUGUGGAUGGAUGGUGCCAAGGAGCUCCCUUACGUGCUGUCAUUGGCCGCAACUCAUGUGGGGAGUUAUAAAAUAAGAGUAUGCUUUUUCCGAUGACUUCUGGUUCUAGGAGUUGAUUGUCCCCCUUUAAAUAGGCCAAAUAUCUAGAAUUUUUCUACCACCGGUUAAUGCCAUUUGGAGACCUAACAGAUGAUGUUUUAGGGUACUGUCUUGAGUCUGUAUUGCAAACUGGAUCUAACCUGUCAUAGCAAAUACAGACAUGCAGUCCUGGCUUUCUGAAUCUCCCUGCAAGUGCUGUUCAGAAGAAUGUAAGUUAUUUUGUCAUGCUUGGUUGCCUGUGAUCAAAUCAUCCAGCUUUUUAGCCUUAACCUCAGGGGAUAUCUAAAAUUACACAAAUGAUUUCAGGUGUCUGUCUGGCUUCAGUAAAACCAGACUGUAGUUGCAGCUUGGCAUGCCAGAGUUCACAGAUCUGUUUUCUAUUCUGUUACUGGUUUGGCCACUUGAAGCAACUAGACGUUAUCAAAACCAAGACCUCAUAUUCUGGGCUUUGGCUAUUUUUUCUCUCCAAUUUUCUGUAAAAUACUUAAAAUACGGAGAGGUACGUGGGUUUUGGUUGUCUGUGUUGUGGUUGGGGUUCCUUGUGUAAAAUAAGUCUUAUUUUUAAAAAGGCAUUUAACUGCUUUCAGAAUGUUUAACUGGUAGUGCAGCUCCUGCUUUAACCAAGGCUGGGAUGGAGAGGAGACCCAAGUGCUUGGUCUGAAGCAUCUGGUGUGCACAGCUCUUCACUGACAUGUGGAAGGUCCAGCAUAAGACUGCAGCUUUAACACUUGAUCAUGAAGACUGAACUUAACAAGUGCAAGUUAAGGCUACUGGUGGGAUCAGGAGGGAUUUGGAGAAAGCCAGGCAAUGGUUUGUGCUUCCCAGGAUGAGAACCUGCUUUGAGUUGGAAGCAGAUACAGCUUCAGCUACAUGUAGCACAGAUUUGAGGCAGGUUCAGUUGCACUGGUGUUGCAGGCUUCGAAACCUGUGUCCAGAGCAACGGGGAAAAUUUGGCUGCUCAGAGACUCUGCUUCUAUCCCCUUCCCCAUGCUCCGAGCUUCCUGAAUGCAGGGGCUGAAUGAAGGACAGCUGGUGUAACUUUCAGUGCUUGUGUGGCUGGAUAGCGUUGGAGCUUGGAUGUGUUCUGGUCCUGUCUGACACUGUGCAAUGAAACUUUAGUUUGUUUGUACUCUUUCAGGGCUGUUUGUACCUGUGGGUUCUGUAAUGCUAGUUAGCAACAUAAAAAGAUGUGAGAUAAUGAUUGAAACUUGUUCUUGGUUCUCUCCUGUGGAUGUGAGGAUUAUGAAGAGGAAGGGAAGCCAAGGCACAAUGUUACAGUGCUGCUGAGGAGCCAGGUGCCCUGAUGUGUUGGUAUCUGGGAAGGAACUGGAUUGACACUGCCGUUCUGGCAAAGCCUGGCCAGGGUGGUCAGUCCUUUCAUUUAGGAAUUACUUUUGUGAAUCACUUUUAUUCCUGUACCCAUCUCCUCAGUAAAUAUAUUUUCUCCC